GGCUGGGUCAGGAAGGUGCCUUCAACGAGGUGCAUAUCCGAUAUCUCCGCCACCUCUAUCGCCCGAAACACACGAUCCCUCCUCCUCUCCUCCACCGACCGACCCCUCCUCUCCGAGCAGACUGAUCGGUGGACGCCCAGCCUCGUCGUGAUCGGAACCAAACCCAACUUCUCGUCAUGAUCCUCCAUGACUGAUCAAUCAGUGCCAUACGCAGCCUCGAUGUUCCUCAUGUCCCUUUCCGUCAGUGCCGUGCUGCCCAACGGGUCCGUCCGACUGCCGGCGGACGCCAUGAUGGCCACCGGUUGCGUUUUCGAGGAGAUGCCAUGAGCGAGGGGGGAGGUGGCGGGAGAUGUUCUCUCCCAUCAGAGUAAAGAGAUGUGUUUGCUUCUCUGCAUUUGAAUAAGUCUCAUCCUCAGCUGGCGCCACUUUUAAGAACAGGAAGUGGCAUCCAAGAACAAGGAAGUGGCGCCUCAUCCUUGAAAGAUGGGUCGGAUGCAAGGACGUUGCGGAGUCGUCAGAUGCAGUUGGACAGUAGCAGCAGGCGGCUCGCAAGUUGUUCAUUCAUUCAUUCAUUCAUCAGCGUUCCCAUGAACACAUGAAGCAUUCAUGGAAAUGGUCUUGCAACACCGGGGUGACACCGGCUCGCCACGGUUUUCCUUGACUACCGCGGGCUUUCCCCCAAAUCGUCUCUUUCACCCAAAUUGUCCAAGGGGCACAGCAAACAGAAUGUCGUCUGGUCAGCCGCUGAAACUCUUCAGCUCCACAACGAUGCUGUGAAGGUGUGCGGAUGGAAUAAGUAGGGAUGAAACGGACGAUGCACAAGCCGAGAUGCGACGGCAUAGAGAGAAGGAAGUCUUGCCACAAGUGCAAAUUGGAUCACCCGCAUUUUCUUCAUUUUCUGCGGGGAGGAGAAGGGUGGGGACGGCGUGGACUUCUCCUGACGCUUCACCUUUUCGAUUCCCUUUUCCUUCUGUCAACCGGCAUACCUCGACAACCAGCACUUACAAGAAGUUGAAGUGUCACAAAGGAGUCUUGCCACACUCGUGAAUGUUCCACAGAUGAUUGUAACGAAAAAUCAUCCUCAAACGCACCCACGAGGUAUCUACAGACUUCUCAUUCUGUCUCGUCCAAAUCGUGAUAGCACUGAUAUCCGGACGCUGUCUAUUCUGCCGACAAUGUCCAUCCCACUGACUACUUGAGGAUCGCAUCGAUUGCAGGGGUAGUGAUGCCCUGUCCUUCACCAAGGGUCUUGGCCCAGUUGAUGGUCAUCUCGACAAUAGAUUCGUCUGGACGGAGCAGCUGCUGGACCACCAUGCCCAAAAACCUGCACACCACACGAAGCCAUGCACCACUGCUCGCGACCCACGCCGCAUCUGCACACUUGUCUGUACCCAAUCAUCGCCAAUCGGCCAUGCUUCAGCUCCAUCAACUGCCAGCUGCACAACAGGGAGGGUUGCUAUUCAUCUCCAUCUACGCUCCUUUCUGUUAGCUCUGCUUACUUCUCUCGGAUCCCCUCUCUGGAGAGUCGGAGAGGAUCGAAUCCUCUGUCGCCAGGAAUGCGACCCACAAAGUUGCCGUUGUAGUAUUCGAUGGCGCUAAUCACAAGCAGCAGCUGAAUCAUGCCGAGAGUUGGUGCUGUCAGGGGUGCCUCGAGGAAGUUCUUGCUGGGGAAGGCCUCGUUCCAGCGAUACGUGCUCUGAAAGGAAGACGAUUCAACGUUCCCCAGGCACCUUCGAGCGAUCACGAGCAUACCUGGACGAGCACUCCGAGAGUCGCCAGCAUGCACACACGUCCGUGUUUCAGCUCCACCUCGCGCAUGCGGGCAAGGUCCUGGUUGUUGGUGAAGCCGAAGGGGUCGAAUCCCACGUCACCAACCAACUCGCCAUUCAAGUUGUCAGGCUUCCGAGCGAAGGGAAGGGCAACACUCUUCUCGAUGUCCUGCAUACUGAUCUGACCCCGCGAAGGACGCUGCGGGUCCUGAACCAGAGGGAAGAACAUAGCUUCCUGUACACGGAUCACUCUCUGCUCACCCGCAGUCCAGUCCGUGAUCCUCCAGGUGGCGAAACGAAGGCAUGCGAGGCCUGAACGGCAAGGACGCUGAAGAGCACCACAGGGAUGGAAUUCAUUGGGAAAGGCGGGAGAUACCUCGAGGUAACGAGGGAACGCGAGCCAACCGGAGUAAACAAAUGGGAAACCCUAACCCAUGCCGUGAACCCCUCACCAAUGAGUUGCCCUCCUCCGUGGGGGGGUCGGGACUCGUUCCGCGACCCCAAGCGAAAUGCAAAGCCCCUUGCGUCGUCGCGUAUGCAUGCAAAGCCCCUAAGCUCGCAUGGAAGCCCCAUCAGAAAGACUGUACCGAAUGAAAAAGUCUCGUGGCCCCAAUUACAAACGAACAAAUGAAAAAGUCUCGCUGGCCCCAAUUACAAACGAACAAA